UGCAGGCGCCGAGGGAAGUUUGAUCUUUCCCGCAUUUCCAUGGAGGGAGAUGUUGUCCUGAGUGGCUUAUUUCCGAUUCAUUUUAGAUUAAUCCAACCCAGCGUCUCCUUCAGGUCUGAACCAGAGCCACCCUUCUGUGAUGGUUUCAAUUCAAGGUCAUUUCGCUGGUUACAGACAAUGCUCUUCACAUUACAAGAAAUAAAUGAAGACCCAUUGCUCCUACCAAACAUUACACUGGGCUACAAUAUUUAUGACACAUGCACCACUCCCGUGCACUCUAUGAGGGCAGCAUUAAUGUUAGCUAGUGGACCAAAUGAAGACGUCUCCAAUUACAACUGCAAGGGGACCUCAUCCAUCCCUGUGAUUGUUGGUGACUCCGGGUCCACCCAGUCACUGGUGGUGGCAAACAUAGUGUCACCUUUCAAAGUCCCAAUGGUUAGCUACUUCUCAUCCUGCACCUGCCUCGGCGACAAGCACGAGUUCCCGGCCUUUUUCCGCACGAUACCGAGUGACACUUACCAGGCCCAAGGUAUGGCCCGGCUGGUGCACCGGUUUGGCUGGACAUGGGUGGGUUCGGUGGCCGGUGACGAUGACUACGGCCGCAAUGGCAUUCAAGCAUUCAGUGAUGAAGUCAGAAGGCUGGGGGUGUGCAUCGCCUUUGCUGAGAUAAUUCCAAAAAUGUACACCAGGCAAAAGAUCCUUCAAAUUGCAGAGACGAUUAAAGCAUCGACCGCCAGGGUCAUCGUCAUGUUUGCCAUUGAGGGAGACGUGUAUCCUUUAAUCCAAGAAAUCGUGAGACAAAAUAUCACUGGAAAACAAUGGAUAGCGAGCGAGGCCUGGGUCACCUCUGCAUUGAUAGCAGCCAGAGAGAAUCUCGCCUCUCUCUCCGGGACAAUAGGGUUCGCAAUUCGCAGAGCUGAGAUUCCGGGUCUGAGGAAUUUCCUGCUUGAGGCCCAUCCAUUCAAAACUCCAAACAAUAUCUUUGUGAAUGAGUUGUGGGAGACAAUAUUCAGGUGUUCACUUAACAGCUCAGUUAAGCACAAGGGGCAGGGGGAAGAAAAGUCAUCUCUAAAGAAAUGCACGGGGCUGGAAGAAUUAAACAGCACCUACAAUAUAUAUUCUGAUGUAUCAGAAUUAAGGAUUUCAUACAAUGUGUAUAAGGCAGUGUAUGCAAUUGCUCACGCCCUUCACAAAUUUCAGACAAACAGAAAUAAUGGAGGCCUGUUUGACAAUCGGACCUACGCAGACAUCUUCAAUCUUCAACCAUGGCAGGGACUGAGAUACACCAGUAAAGGGGGAGAAGAGAUUUAUUUUGACGAGAACGGCGAUAUAGUGGCAACGUAUGACAUUGUGAACUGGCAGAGGAUGGAAGAUGGAUCAGUCAAGUUUGUGCACGUGGGACGUUAUGGUGCAGCUUCAGCAUCAGGCCAUGAUCUCGAGCUGGAUGAAAAGGCUAUCGUUUGGACCAGUGGAAAGACUGAGGUUCCAGAGUCAUUCUGCAGUAGAAGCUGUCCCUCGGGAACAAGGAAAGCAAGUCGGACUGGAGAACAGGUCUGCUGCUUUGACUGCCUGGCAUGUGCUGAUGGUGAAAUUAGCAAUGAAACAGAUUCUCUCAACUGUAUUCCGUGCGCACCAGAAGAUUGGCCCAACCCAAUGAGGAAUGAGUGCAUCCCAAAACAUCUGGAGUUCCUGUCAUUUGAUGGUACCAUGGGGAUCACCUUGACAACUGUGUCCCUGUUGGGAGAGGCCAGCACGUUGGGCAUGGUGGGAGUGAUCUGGUACUACAGGAAAACCCCCAUCGUCCGAGCCAACAACUCUGAGCUCAGCUUCUUGCUCCUCUUCUCGCUGGCUCUGUGUUUCCUCUGCUCGUUGACCUUUAUUGGGCAGCCCUCAGUCUGGUCUUGCACACUCAGGCACACGUUGUUCGGCAUCAGCUUCGUUCUCUGCAUCUCCUGCGUACUGGCCAAGACCCUGGUAGUGCUGAUAGCAUUUAAGGCAACUCUCCCCGGCAGCAACGUGAUGAAAUGGUUCGGGACCCUGCAGCAAAUCCUGGGGGUCUUGCUCUGUACAGCAGUCCAGCUGGUGACCUGCCUGGUGUGGCUGCUCUUCGCCGCCCCAUUCCCAGUGAAGCAGACCAAGUACUAUAAGGAGAAGAUUAUCUUUGAGUGUGAUUUAGGCUCGGUGGCUGCCUUCUGCUGUGUUCUGGGUUACAUUGGCUUUCUGUCAUGUCUCAGCUUUGUCCUCGCGUUCUUGGCUCGGAAACUCCCCGAUAAUUUCAACGAAGCCAAGUUCAUCACCUUCAGCAUGCUGAUCUUCUGUGCAGUGUGGCUGGCCUUCAUACCGGCCUAUACCAGCUCUCCCGGGAAGUAUGCCGUGGCCGUUGAGAUAUUUGCCAUUUUGGCCUCAAGCUUUGGCCUGCUCAUCUGCAUAUUUGUUCCCAAAUGUUACAUCAUCCUACUAAAACCAGAGCAGAACACCAAACAAUAUCUUACAGGCAGAACCUUUCCCAAAAAAUCAACUUAG